AAUAGUGCGAGUGUGCGAGUGCCGAUUCCGCUGACCGGAGCCCCCCGCGACUCUGCCAAAAACUGCACCCAGCAAAUUUCCUUCAAAAUUUUUCGGAUCAUUUCAUCGCUAAUACUCAUUUUCUUCCGCUGUAUUUUCCGCGGUAGCUACAUACACAUAGACGACGACGACUUCUUCCGAUGCAGCACUUGAUUGCUGCUAACACAGAAUUGUUGCUGGUCAUUGUCUAAGCCACGCCUUCUGAUCCGCAGAUCGGCGCUGUUAUCUGUGGAGUCACGCUGAUCAUUUCUGUUUGAUCUUCCGAGGCUCCUUGCCGGCGAAUUUGGAAUUGGAUACGCUGGAUCGGAGAUGCCGGUUGCAGCUUCCGCUAUAUACUUCUUGAACCUCCGAGGAGAUGUUCUUAUCAAUCGGCUUUAUCGCGACGAUGUCGGGGGAAAUAUGGUGGAUGCUUUCCGGACUCAUAUAAUGCAGACAAAAGAACUUGGUACAUGUCCUGUGAGGCAGAUAGGUGGCUGCUCUUUCUUUUACAUGAGGAUCAGCAAUGUCUACAUUGUGAUUGUUGUCAGCAGCAAUGCUAAUGUAGCUUGUGCUUUUAAGUUUGUUGUUGAGGCUGUUGCGCUAUUUAAAUCAUAUUUUGGUGGAGCUUUUGAUGAAGAUGCAAUUCGCAAUAAUUUUGUUCUCAUAUACGAGCUUCUGGAUGAAAUCAUGGAUUUUGGUUACCCACAAAAUCUUUCACCAGAGAUCUUAAAGCUUUACAUUACUCAGGAAGGAGUGCGGUCCCCUUUUUCAUCCAAGCCCACAGAUAGACCUGUUCCAAAUGCAACUUUACAAGUAACUGGAGCUGUCGGAUGGCGGAGAGAGGGUCUUGUGUACAAAAAGAAUGAGGUUUUCCUGGAUAUUGUGGAAAGCGUAAAUCUUCUUAUGUCUUCAAAAGGUAGUGUUUUGCGGUGUGAUGUGACAGGGAAGAUUCUCAUGAAGUGCUUCCUUUCUGGAAUGCCUGAUUUGAAGUUGGGUUUGAAUGAUAAAAUUGGUCUUGAAAAAGAGUCACAACUUAAAUCCCGUCCCACCAAAAGUGGUAAAACUAUUGAGCUGGAUGAUGUCACUUUCCAUCAAUGUGUAAAUUUGACGAGGUUCAACUCAGAGAAGACUGUUAGCUUUGUUCCACCUGAUGGUGAAUUUGAACUAAUGAAGUAUCGUAUCACUGAGGGUGUUAAUCUCCCCUUCAAAGUAUUACCUACCAUCAAGGAGCUUGGACGAACACGGAUGGAAGUAAAUGUUAAGGUAAAGAGUGUCUUUGGUGCAAAAAUGUUUGCACUUGGGGUGGUUGUGAAAAUUCCUGUGCCAAAACAAACAGCAAAAACAAGUUUCACAGUAACAUCUGGCCGGGCAAAAUAUAAUGCUGCUAUUGAUUGUUUGGUUUGGAAGAUUAGAAAAUUUCCUGGGCAAACCGAGCCAACCUUGAGUGCAGAAAUUGAACUUAUUUCCACAAUGGCGGAAAAGAAAUCUUGGACAAGACCACCAAUUCAGAUGGAAUUUCAGGUUCCCAUGUUCACAGCAUCUGGUCUACGUGUUCGGUUUCUCAAGGUGUGGGAGAAGAGUGGGUACAACACCGUUGAGUGGGUUCGUUAUAUUACAAAAGCAGGAUCAUACGAGAUUAGAUGCUGAAGAAACGUAGAUGGAUGGUUUCAGGCGUUGUGGAUGGGUGAUGGGUAGAGAUUGAAGCAAUCCCAAAUUCGGCGUUCAAUUAUUAAUCCAUUUGCUGCAGUGUUUUCUUGUUAGCGAGAGUAUGAGGGGUUACUCGUCAAUCAUCAUAUCGAUACAAAUGCUUGUGUGUGUGAAAUUUUAAUUUGAUAUUCCUGUGGCCAGCGUUUUAUUGGAAUAUUAAAUUGGUUCUUCCCACCCCUUCCCGUGUCUUUCUUGUGCGCUUAAUAUUUUGUUGUGAUCUACACUUUAUCUUGUUGUAAUGCUAAUGAUUAUUGAGUAA